AUGUCCUUUGGCGACGCGCCCGGCGAGGCUGUGCCUCUUCCAGCGCCUUCCACCGAUGAUACGGAGACUCAGGACCAGAGCGGGGAAGCCGUUAACCUGGGUCUAGAUCAUGGUGCGCUUUCCGAGCAGGCCAUCGAUGUGACGCAUACGGUGCUGCCAUCUCCGCUAAAGGAGCAUGAGUCGAAGGCGGUGAAGUCUUCUCCGCCACAUCCAACUAUGGCUUCGCGACCUCCGCCGACCUUGGCGUUUGUUGAGAGGGAUCUUUGGCGGAUGCUACAAUCGUUGCCUGUUCCAAUGCACCGCAUUACCCCUAAAAUUGCCGUCCGGCUGGUGGCGCAGAUUUUGUUCCGUUUUCGCUUCCUUGCGACAGAUGUGCUGUACGACCUGGCCCUCGUCUUCUUGCGCUUGAUUGUGCUCAUCUUUUUCCGUGAAAUUCAGCCACGAUCGUCGUACCGAAUUCCCCGCAAAGGCCCGGUGAUUUUUGUGGGUGCGCCGCACCACAACCAGUUUUUGGACCCAUUGCUGGUGGCUUCAGAGGCUCGUCAGGUGGGCCGUCGUGUCUCGUUUUUGAUUGCGCAGAAGAGCACGGAGCGGCCAUUUAUUGGGCGACUAUCGCGGAUGCUUCAAUCGAUCCCUGUGCGCCGCCCCGCAGACGAUGCCAAGAAAGGCAAAGGUGUGUUGACGCUGCACCCAUCAGGUGAUCCUACGCUCCUUCAAGGUAUCGGCACUAGCUUCACCGAGCAGAUGGAAGCGCGUGGUCAAAUUGUCUUGCCAAAAGAGACGGAGUAUGCUACCGUCGAUAUUGUGGAAGUGCUCAGCGAUACCGAAGUCCGCAUCAAGAAACCGUUCACGGAAGAGAGUGCACUCCAGGCACUCAAAGGUGAAUUACCUGCGUAUCGCCACAUGAAGGGCUCGCCAUACAAGUGCUUCCCGUACGUGAACCAGACGGAAAUGUAUUCGUCGGUGUACAAGCAACUGUCGGAUGGCGGCUGUCUGUGUAUUUUCCCGGAGGGCGGUAGUCAUGAUCGUACAGAUCUGCUGCCUCUCAAGGCAGGUGUCGUAAUUAUGGCUCUUGGCGCCAUGGCCAACGACCCCAAGCUCGAUGUUCAGAUUGUGCCGGUCGGUCUCUCCUACUUCCAUCCCCACAAGUUCCGCUCGCGUGCCGUGAUUGAGUUUGGCCAUCCUCUGCAUGUUCCAAAUGCCUUGGUCGAGCUGUUCAAGAAAGGCGGAGAGGAGAAGCGCCAGGCUGUGGCCGAUAUGUUGGACAUUGUCUUUGAUGGUCUGAAGAGUGUGACGGUGCGUGCGCCGGACUAUGAGACGCUUAUGAUGAUCCAAGCCAGUCGUCGUUUGCUGCAACUCCCCGGCCAGCACUUGAGCUUGGCCGACAAGGUCGAGCAGAACCGCAAGUUGUGCAUUGGCUACUUGCAAUUCAAGGAUCAUCCAAAAGUCCAGGCGCUGCGUACGUCCGUGCUUACCUACAACAAGCACUUGAAGCAGGUCGGUAUUCGUGACCACCAGGUCGAGCGUGCGAACCGCUCGAUUUUGCGCAGCUUUGCGCUGCUCAUGUACCGCCUAGGUCUGCUGACGUUCUGGGGCGGCUGUGCAUUGCCAGGCGCUAUUCUCAAUGCGCCUAUUAUUAUUCUGGCAAAGAUUGUGAGUGCUCGCAAGGCCAAGGAAGCGCUCGCGGCCUCCCAAGUGAAAGUCAAAGGCCGCGAUGUCCUGGCUACAUGGAAAGUGCUAGUCUCACUUGGAGUGACGCCAGUGCUGUACAUGAUGUAUUCGGGUAUUGCGACGUACUAUGCAUGGCGUCUGCCCAUCGGUAUUUGGCACAAGCGCCUCAUGCCAGCGUACAUGAUGGUAGGUCUGCCGAUUAUGAGUUACGGUGUCAUCAAGAUCAGCGAGGUGGGUGUCGAUGUGUACAAAUCGCUUCCGCCGCUCUUUGCGUCGCUGUUGCCGGGCCGUCGUCGGGUGAUUGAGCGCUUGCAGCGCGAACGAAUCAACCUUACGUCGCAGCUGCACACCACCCUACGCGAAUUGGAGCCGGAAGGCUGGGACUACACGGACAUUGCGAGUGGCUCGUACACGUCUAAAGCCCCGCCUAAGCCGGAUGAGCUGGAGAUGCUCACCCGCAAUGGCCGCCAGAUUGAUUCGUCGGGUGGUCACUCGCUUUCGCACCCCAUGAACCUCGUGGACGAAUGGCUCUUUGGCUGGGGCGCUUCGCGGCAACGCGGCGUGUGGGGUGGCCAUCGACGCGCUGUGGUCGAAGACGAUUUGGGCCCUGACUAUGAAGAAGCGCUCAGUGUGUACUCGACACGUGCGUCGGAUAGUGCCUCUGCGCAGCGUGCUUCUCAUCAACAGGGACUGCGCCGCCGACGUAGUUCGCAGGACUACCGCCAACGACGCGAGCAGACCAGCUCGGAGGGGCAUCGCACGCCGCCGACCAAAUCGACACCGAUUCUUCCCGCCCCUGAUAUGUAA